AUGCAUCAAAACCUCAAAGCUAAAUCGUGUCACAUCCUAUUGAUACCUCUGAAUACAACCAAUGAUAAAAUUAUUCAAGACAUUACAGAACGACUUCAACGACAUUAUCAUCAUCUUGAUCAGGGUACGAUCAUUAUUCGAACACUAUAUGACUACGUAUCAAAUUAUGAACUAUUAUUACCAUUUGGAUAUCAAUUAGCAAAACAAAAUUCACAAUUAUUUAUCGAAACUCUUUGCAAACUAUGUCCAAUUCGAUUUUACAUUAUCGGCAAUGAUGUUACAUUCAAAAAUACUUGGGCAAAAGAUAUGAUGGAUUAUGAUUUGAAAAAUCAUAAAGUAAACGAUUUAGAUAUACCCAAUGUUUGGCGAUGUUUACAAAGUGAAUCAUUUAAGAUUGAUAUUGAAAAUAUUCGAGCUAUAGAAGGUUUAGAAUAUCAGUUGAAACAAAUACCAGUAUUAUUCUUAGAAGAAAUAGAAAAGAAUGAUUUGUCCGGUGAUUUUUUGAAACUUAUCAAAUGUGCAGAUUCGACAUUAAAGAAACGUUCUGAUGAUGUGACACGGUUCUUAUCGAAUUGGUUCAAUACAGCAGUUAACCUUAAACAAAUAUUAAUUAAGACUGAAAUUGUAUCGGAUCCUGAAAAUUUCACACUUCCUACAGUUAGUCUUAUUGCAUCAAACAUUGUCGAUUAUUCAGUAGUAUGUACUGCAAUGGAUAUUCGACCCUACAUUAGACAUAGUUUACGACCAUUAGUAUAUCUCAAUUAUUUCCAAUGUACAGAGAGUGAGAAAACAAAAAGUUUUGAGCUGAUAAAAAAUAUUUGUGGUUCGAAAUAUGAACUGAUCACUUGUUCACGAUAUUACAAUUGGAAAACAAAUUCUAAUAUUCUUGAUCUUAUUAAAGAAGAUUGUAUAUACUUUAUUAACAUAUAUGGUACGGAUUUGGAUGAAGCAACUGAAAAUCAAGUAGCUGAGUAUUCUUUAGCUAAAAAGAUCUGUUCAUCUGUGCCGAACAGUCAAAUGACAACAAUUACUCCUACUAAUCGAUUACGUCUUCAUGAUCCUCGUACACAUGAUUAUCGUUAUAUCGCCUCGAAUGUGUACAUUGCCUAUCUUCAUUGUACUGAAGAAGAAAUUCAAAAAAUUCGAAGAACAAUUAAUUAA